GUUUACAGCGAACGAGUUGCGGAUGGUGGAGUACAGGUUGCCGAAGGGCUCUGACGUGCGGUUCAGCGCGUGUUGCGAGCGUUUCGAAGUGUGGGAGGUGUCAGGGGAGGGACAACUUCUCUGUUCCUGAGUUCUGCAGCCAGUCAGUUUUGUUACCUCUUUUGUUAUCGUGGGCUUUUAUUUUUUUUUUGCCUGUUAUUUUUUUUGCACGGUCAUUCUGAGUCAAACGGCGGCUCGUCUGCAGCCCGCCGUUCGUCCGCGAGCCUUAACUCCGCGCCAGAGACCGACACCUCCGUCGACGCGGGGAACCGCGUGCCAUUGCGAGAUGGCUGUUUCAGGCCUACGUCGGCAGCACCUUCUCUGGAUGUGGGUUCAAAGAGUGCGUGAGCCAAGCGUGUGCCGAUUCCAUGUGACCGGCGGCCAGCAAUCCAAGGAGCACUACAAGGUCUUGGUGCUGGGAGGAGGGAGCGGUGGCAUUGCCAUGAGUGCCCGAAUGAAGAGGAAGGUUGGGGCCGAGAACGUGGCGGUGGUGGAGCCCAGCGAGAUGCACUAUUACCAGCCGCUCUGGACACUGGUGGGCGCUGGUGCUAAGUCCGUCAAGGGCUCGGGACGGCCUACUGCCAGCGUGGUGCCAUCAGGGGUGAAAUGGAUCAAGUCCCACGUGCAGGAGAUCAAUCCCGAUAAGAACACAGUGAGGACCGGAGAUGGAAAGGAGAUAUCCUACAAGUAUCUGAUUGUAGCCCUUGGUCUUCAGCUUCACUAUGAAAAGAUAAAAGGUCUGCCGGAGGCCUUUGAGCACCCAGGUAUUGGAUCCAACUACUCCGUGCAAACUGUGAACAAGACAUGGGCCGCACUCCAGAACUUCAAAGAGGGGAACGCCGUGUUCUCCUUCCCCAACACACCUGUGAAGUGUGCAGGAGCUCCUCAGAAGAUCAUGUACCUGAGUGAUGCCUACAUGAGAAAGACUGGAAAGAGAUCAAAGGCCAACAUCAUCUACAACACUUCCCUACCCGUGUUGUUUGGGGUUAAAAAGUACGCAGACGCAUUGUGGGAGAUCGUGAAGAAACGCGACCUGCAGGUCAACCUGAGACACAACCUUAUUGAGGUCAGGGCUGACCGGCGAGAAGCUGUGUUUGAGAAGCUCGACAGCCCCGGAGAGACGGUGACUGUCGAGUAUGAAAUGCUCCAUGUGACCCCGCCGAUGGGACCCCCUGAGGUGCUCAAGGGUAACCCCUUAGCAGAUGAGGCAGGCUGGCUGGAUGUAGACAAAAACGUUCUUCAGCACAAGAGGUACCCCAACGUGUUUGGGAUUGGGGACUGUACCAAUCUGCCGACGUCAAAGACGGCUGCAGCUGUCGCUGGCCAGUCUGCUGUUCUGGACCGAACCAUCUCUAAAGUGAUGAAAAACGGCCAGCCUGAUAAGAAGUAUGAUGGUUAUACUUCAUGUCCAUUGGUUACAAGCUACAACACUGUUAUUCUGGCGGAGUUCGACUACAACUUAGAACCCCUAGAAACAUUCCCCAUUGACCAGAGCAAAGAAAGGAGAAUUAUGUACCACAUGAAGGCUGACCUCAUGCCUCAUUUGUACUGGCAUGGCCUUCUAAGAGGCCUGUGGGGAGGUCCAGGCCCAUACAGGAAGCUUAUGCAUCUGGGUAUGAAAUAGAGCUGCUGUUGAAGACAACUGAAUUAUUAUUCAACUGACAGUAAUCAAGUUAAACUAAAAUAUUGCCUGCAUGAAAUGUACUAAAACUGUACUUAUCAAAACAGACCAAACACAGUAAAGCACUAAUGCAGUC